AGAGGAAAAUAAAUACUUGUGCUAUAUAUGCUUCAACUUCAACAACACUCUUGAAUCUUGAUCAUCAAAUCAAAUGGACUAAAAAGCCCCCCCUCUAUUGCUCCCUCUCAUUAGUAAGCGUCCAAGGGUAUUUCCGUCAUUUCAAGUCCAGUUCAAAUUCGACCGUUGGCCACCUCCCAACGUUCCAAAUUUCCGAAACUUUUAAACCGUUGGAGUCGCGUGUGCGGUGGAGGAGAGUUUUUAGCGAAAACCCUAAUACGCUCCCUUCGAUCUCCCCUCCUCUCUCUCAAAAAACCCUAAUUUUGAGCCAUAGAGAAGCUCCAUUGAUGCUCCUUGAAGCUUGUUUAGUGAAAUUUUGAGUUGGAUGUUUUUUUUUUAACCUCUAUUGGGUUUGUUGGGUUACGGAUUCGGUGAUUCAGGUACACGAAGAAGAUGAAUUCAUUUCAAAGAUUCAAAAUUUUCCCCCUUUUUUCUGUGAAUUUGAUGUUGCAGCUCGAGUAGUGGGAUUUCUUGGUGGAUUUUUCAUUUGUAAUUGGGAUUUAUUUUAACGGGCGUAAUUAAUUCAUCAAAUUUUCGCGUCCCAUGGGCCAAUUUUGUUUGAUUUAAUUACCUUUUCUUAUAUCUAUUUCAUCAAUUUUGAGGUAGUUUAGUCGAAUUUUGAGCUGGGUUUUUCUCCGUUCGUUGAUUCGAUUGCACAUAAAGAUGAGAUCUUUCCAAAUAUUAGUAAACUUUCGCAAAUUUGUGUUCUUUUUCUUAUCAGGUCUUUUAAUGGCCAUAGUGAAUUUUGGUAACUUUUUUCUCAAUUCCUAUAAAUUUCAUCAAUUUUGGAUUGUAUCCCGAUCAAAUUAGUUAAUUUUCUUAAUUUAUCCCAGCAAUUCAGAUCAAUUUUGCAGUUCAAUUUACUUAUCGCCUACGAUGUGUUCGACGAAAUGAGUAGCAGGGAUUCGGCUUACUAUUUCCGUUUCCUGUUUGUGUGGAUAGGCGUCGCAUAUCAUGGCGGCAUUGGCUCCAGGGAUACUGCAUAAACUCCUUUGCGCCAUGAAAUCGGGGAACCCCAAACCGAUCGGCGAGCACCGGACCGCACUCCUACAAGUCACCGACAUUGUCCCUGCCGACUUAGACGAAAAGGACCUGUGGCCGAAGCACGGUUUCUAUGUAAAAGUCUCCGACUCUUCUCACUCCAUCUACGUGAGCUUACCCGUCGACCAAGACGAUCUCGUUCUGAGCAACAAGAUGCAGCUUGGCCAAUUCAUCAACGUCGACCGCCUCGAGCCCGGCUCGCCGGUCCCGGUCAUUGUCGGCGCGAAGCCGCUUCCCGGUCGGCACCCAUUAGUGGGCACCCCCGAGCCCAUCGUUCGAGCUAGGCCGGGUGUUCAGAGAAGAGGCUCCUGGGGCCCGGACCCAAACUCGAACUCGAAUUCGCACACGAUUGCUUCUUCGCCUAUGGCGGCGAAGGUGAAGCCCACUUCGUUGGAUUUCGAUGAGAGGACACCGGUGAAGGAUCGGCUGAGAUGCAGCCAGUUUUCGCCUGUUGUGAGCACGAAAUCGGUGAAGGAACCGAACUCGGCUUCGGUGAGGAAAAGUUGCGUUCUUUCAAAGUUCUCGAGAAGCAAGAGUAUGUUGGAGAGAGAUCCGAAGAUACCGAAGAGUCCAUUCCCUAUUGAGAAGAGUUCGAUUUGUUCUAUCACUUCGAUACCCAAAUUGCGAAGCGGUGUGAGAGUUGAAGAUUCCUCUUCUUCAUCCGACGAACAAGGAAGUUGUUCAUUUACUUCUAAUCCGUUACACUCGCUCUCGAUCAGUGCCAAUUCGAAGCAAAGUUCGGCCGAGCGCAUGCCGUUGCCGAGAAAGCUCGACACUCUCGGAAAAGAGGCUAUGCAACAAAGAGAGGCAGCUCAAAAAGUAGCUCUUCAAGCUCUUCGCGAUGCGUCGGCCACCGAAACUGUGGUUCGAGCUCUCAAGAUGUUCUCGGAGUUGAGCAAAGCUGCGAGAGCCGAUUCUCCCGCCGCUUGCUUCGACCAAUUCCUGGCCUUCCAUCAAGAGAUCGUUCAAGCGGCGACCGACAUGGAGGCAAUCCAAGCCGCCACUUCGAUCGCUGCGACAAUCGAAGCGGAUAAAUCGGACGAAAUCGAUGACUCAUCAGUUCUACAAGAAAUAGUCCAAAAUGGCAGAACGGCAUCCAAGAGAAGAGCUGUUUCAGCUCUGUCCAAAUCAGUGGCUUUCGCGGCCGAAACAACUGAUGCGAAAGCAGAAGCUGGCGGAAAGAAGAAGGCUUCUGCAGAUGCAAGAUGUGAUGACAAGAAACUUCAAGCGUCGACUUUAGUCGGUUCGAUAAGACUGGCGAAGCAGAUACGGAAUGAAGCUGGGAACUGGUUCAUGGAGUUCCUGGAAGCCGCGUUGGAUUGCGGCGUGAGGAAGCCGAAAGCAUCGUCGGAUGGCCGGAAAUCGUCGGGCUUCUGCCCGCAGUCGCUGAUACUGAGAGUGAUCAACUGGUUGGAGAUGGAGCAGUGCGACGAAAGCAAGAGGCGGGCGCAUCCGAGAGCGGCGCAGAUCGCGCGAAAGCUCAGGAUAAAAGCCAAGAACCCAUGAAAAAACUCAAAGAUUGAUCCAAAAGAGUGAGAUUGAAUGUUAAAGUUUUUUUAAGUUCUUAUGUUUCUUUUGGUGGGAGAGGGGUAUUUUCUAUUAGUUUGAUUUACUAGUGAUUGUUGUGUAUUAGUUGUACUUCAAAAGGAACUACUAUACAUUCUUUUUGAUGAUUGUUGUUGUAAAAAGAAAAUGUAUUGAUUCAUAGCUUUUGAA